GACAAAGAAGGUACUAUGAUAGUAAACAUCUAAUAUUUAGGUGUCCUUUUCAAGGUGUCAGUUAAGUCUGGAAGACCACGUGUAAUUAUAAUUACUCUUUUUAAUUGAUUUAUUAAUCAUAUAUGAUUUGCAGGUCUUGAUUUUGGCUGUAGCAUGAUGCACUUUAAACCAAAGGCUGCACAUUUAGACACCAGUGGAGCUCCAUCACCAGUCUAACAGUAAAAUGGAUUAUAUGCUGCUCCAGAAACACUGAACUGUGAGUUUGAUAGCAUGAAUUCAAAAACAGCAUCAUGGGUUCUUUAUGUGCAUUAGGGUGCAAUGAAAAAGUGUGGUUUAUUGCACUGCAAAUCGGAAACCGUGUCCAGCCCUGGUUACUGAUUAAUACCAGCAAACACCGAGGAGACUCAGAAAUCCCAGAGGCAUUCAUAAGAGCGGAGCGGUGUCUAGUUUUUCGGGCGGACGUGCUCACUGCCUUGGAACAUUCUCUCCACUGUGCGUGGAUGUGUGUGUGUGGAUGUGUGUGUAAGCUGCCUCCUCUCGUGUUGAUGUCGUCUGACUGCCACCGACCGUGACGGUGAAAAGACAGGAUUUUAAAAAAACAGAAAAAAACAAACACUCCCGGAACACCGUGCCGCACCGAUACGGUGACCUGCGCUGUCCGAGCUUCCACCGGGUCGGUCCGAAACGAUGAGCCAGCCUCGGCCGGACGAGUUCGAGCCUCCUCCGGAGUGCCCGGUCUUCGAGCCCAGCUGGGAGGAAUUUCAAGAUCCUUUUACCUUUAUCAAUAAGAUCCGUCCCAUCGCCGAGAAAACGGGCAUUUGCAAAGUCCGGCCGCCUCCGGGUUGGCAGCCUCCGUUUGCUUGCGAUGUUGACAGGCUUCACUUUGUUCCUCGGAUCCAGAGGCUCAAUGAGCUGGAGGCACAGACCAGAGUCAAGCUCAACUUCUUGGACCAGAUUGCCAAAUUUUGGGAUUUGCAGGGAUGUGCCCUAAAGAUACCUCAUGUGGAGAGGAAGAUUUUGGAUUUAUAUAAGCUGAAUAAGCUGGUAGCUGAUGAGGGUGGAUUUGACAUUGUCUGUCAGGACAGGCGAUGGACCAAGAUUGCACUACAAAUGGGCUUCGCCCCUGGCAAAGCUGUUGGCUCACACCUGCGAGGGCAUUAUGAGAGAAUCCUUUAUCCCUACAAUCUGUUUCAGAAUGGCGCAAACUUGCUGGCACCAGAUCCAGCUUCCAAACUGAUGCGUUUGGAGGCUGAUCCUGAACUUGAAAAGUUUGUUCAGAAGCCUGUCCAGCCAGUGGAGAUUGCGGCAGUCAAGGAGAGCCUGGACACCAAGGAGCACAAGCUACAGGACCAGGCUCAGAGGCAGCCUGUCCAGACGCCUGACACUUGCCCCAGUGCUCGCAGAGCCAAGCGCAUGAAGUAUGAGGCCAUCUGUGUGAAAACCGAACCAGGUGAGCUCGGUGAGAACAAGCCCAACCUGAGGCGGAGGAUGGGUUCUUUUGUCGCCAAGCCAGAGCCAGAAAAAGAGAUUCCCAUUCCAGUGAAACAGGAACCAGUUGAAUUUAAGGAACCAAUAAUUGAACCUGACAAAUUCAAGUCACGGUACAAGAAAAUGAUCCCUCCAGUUCCUCCAAGUCCAGUGGAUCUGGUUGUGUGUCUGGUGUGCGGCAGUGGGGGAGAUGAAGACCGUCUGUUGCUGUGUGACGGCUGUGACGACAGCUACCACACCUUCUGCCUGAUCCCUCCUCUGCAUGACGUUCCCAAAGGAGACUGGAGGUGCCCCAAGUGUCUCGCUCAGGAAUGCAACAAACCUCACGAGGCAUUUGGGUUUGAACAAGCUUACAGAGACUAUUCCCUUCGUGCGUUUGGACAAAUGGCAGAUGCAUUUAAAUCUGAUUACUUCAACAUGCCAGUUCAUAUGGUACCCACGGAGCUGGUGGAAAAAGAGUUCUGGCGUUUGGUUGGAGCCAUUGAGGAGGAUGUUACUGUUGAAUAUGGAGCAGACAUCGCCUCAAAGGAGUUUGGGAGCGGAUUUCCCAUUCCAAAUGGAAAAUUUAAGGUUUCCCCAGCAGAUGAGAAAUACCUCAAAUGCGGUUGGAACCUCAACAACCUGGCGAUGAUGAACCCGUCUGUACUGACUCACGUAACAGCUGACAUCUGUGGGAUGACGCUGCCAUGGCUUUACGUUGGCAUGUGCUUCUCCUCCUUCUGCUGGCACAUUGAGGAUCACUGGAGCUACUCCAUCAACUACCUGCACUGGGGGGAACCUAAAACCUGGUAUGGAGCACCUGGUUUUGCUGCAGAACAGCUGGAGGAGGUGAUGAAGAAACUGGCCCCCGAGCUGUUCGACUCCCAACCCGACCUGUUGCACCAGCUGGUCACCAUCAUGAACCCCAACACCUUGAUGGCACAUGGAGUCCCAAUUUACAGAACAAACCAGUGUGCUGGUGAGUUUGUCAUCACAUUUCCAAGAGCUUAUCACAGUGGCUUCAAUCAGGGCUUUAACUUCGCUGAGGCGGUCAACUUCUGCACUGUGGACUGGAUGCCCCUCGGCAGGCAGUGCGUUGACCAUUACCGUAUGCUGCACCGGUACAAUGUGUUCUCCCAUGAUGAGAUGGUGUGCAACAUGGCCUCAAAAGCAGAAACCCUCAAUGUGGUGCUGGCCUCAGCUGUCCACAAGGACAUGGUUUUCAUGAUCCAAGAGGAGAAGGAGCUGAGGGAGAAAGUGAAGAAAAUGGGAGUGUUGCACUGCAAAGAGGCAAAAUACGAUCACCUCCAGGACGACGAGCGGCAGUGUGCCAAGUGCAGGACCACCUGUUACCUGUCCGCCGUCACCUGCCCCUGUAACCCAGGAGUCCUGGUAUGUCUGUACCACAUCAACGACCUGUGCUCCUGCCACAGCAGCAACUACACACUGAAUUAUAGAUACACACUGGACGACCUGUUCCCCAUGAUGACCGCUGUGAAGCAGCGAGCUGAACUGUAUGAUGAAUGGGCCUCCCGUGUGACAGAGACUCUCGAGGCUAAACUGGAAAAGAAGAAAGGCCUGCCGGUCUUUCGCACUCUUCUUUCUGAAUCAGAGUCCAGGCUGUUCCCUGACAACGACCUGCUGCGUCGGCUUCGUCUGGUCACACAAGACGCAGAGAAAUGCUCCUCAGUGGCGCAGCAGCUGUUGAACGGCAAGAGGCAGACCAGGUAUCGGUGUGGUAGUGGGAAGUCACGGAGCCAGCUGACUGUGGAGGAGCUGAGUUCAUUUGUGAGGCAGCUGUAUAACCUCUCCUGCAGCCUCCCUCAGGCGCCCAUGUUGAAGGAACUCCUGAAUCGUAUCGAAGACUUCCAGCAGCACAGUGAGAAGGUCCUGGCAGAUGAAGUCCCCAGUGUGGCUGAAAUCCAAAGCCUGUUAGACGUCAGCUUCGACUUUGAUGUGGACCUGCCGGAGCUGCCGCAACUGAGAGUGAGGCUGGAACAGGCUCGGUGGCUGGAGGGGGUGCAGCAGGCCAGCGCUCAGCCCGCCACCCUCACUCUGGAGACCAUGAGGAGGCUCAUAGACCAAGGAGUCGGCUUGGCUCCUCAUCCAUCCGUAGAGAAAGCCAUGGCACGCCUUCAGGAGCAGCUUACUAUGUCCGAGCACUGGGAGGACAAGGCGAGCAGCCUCCUUAAGGCCAGCCCACCACACUCCAUAGAGACUCUUAGUGCUGCUGCUGAGAAGGCAUCUGGUAUCCCCGCUUACCUCCCAAACUGUCUUCUCCUGAAAGACACCAUCAGAAAAGCUCGAGAGUGGCUUCAAGAAGCUGAGGAGCUUCAGGCCACUGGUUGCAUACCUCUGGUGGACAGCCUCUCUGACAUGGUGCUACGAGGACAAGCCAUUCAAGUCCACCUGGAGCCUUUAGACAGGCUGGAGACUUUCAUGGUAGAAGUGCAACAAUGGAAAGAAUCAGCAGCAACAACUUUCCUUCCGAAAGACUCAACUCUUACCUUACUAGAGGUCCUGUGUCCAAGAUGUGAAGUUGGAAAUAUAGGUUCUCCCAAGAGGAAGAUCAAGAAAGGGAAAGAAUCACCUAAAAGUAACAAAAAGAAAAUGCCGAGGCUGAACACUCUCAGUGAUGUGGAAAAAGCGCUUUCAGAGACCAAGGAUUCUACCUCUGCAAUGGCAACUCUGGAGGAGCUGCGAGCGAGGGAGAUGGAGGCUUUCUCUAAUCUCAGGGCAGCAAAUGAGUCAAAGCUCCUUCCCACAGCGGACUGCAUGGACCUGACGGUGUGUUUCUGUCAGAAGGCGCCCAUGGGUGCAAUGUUGCAGUGUGAACUCUGCAGGGAUGCCUUCCACAGCGUGUGUGUCAGAGACCCUUCAGACUCCCAUGAAACACAGCCAUGGCUCUGUCCGCAGUGCCAGCGAUCAGAAAAGCCCCCUUUAAGCAAAGUCCUCUCUCUGCUAGCAUCUCUGCGGCACACAGGGGUCCGCCUGCCGGAGGGCGACGCCCUGCACUAUCUGGUUGAGAGGACAAUUAACUGGCAGCAGCGAGCACAGGAGAUGACUCAGGCAUGUAACCUACCAGAACUAGAAGAGAGACCAGGGACCCCUCCCACACUAACCCGCUGGGUGUCAGGCACCGACGACACUCACAACAACACUCAGGCUCCUUGUUUGACUCCGGAGUGGAAUAGGACAAGCCAUGCUCAGACUGUCUUCUACACCGAGCAGAGAUGCAUACCGCUGCAGGGCCUGAGUCAGGAGCUAGAGGAGCUGAUGGUGGAGGGGCUCCUGCUGCAGGUGUCUCUGCCAGAGGUCCAGAGCCUUUACCACAUUCUACUGGACAGAGCCAGCAGCCAGCACUCAGACAUAUGCAUGUCGCCAUCGCAGGAAGAGUCCGCAGACAAACACAUGCAGUUUAACUCUCAGGGAACAAAUCUGCCACUGAACCAGGAUGGCGCCAAGACCAUGAGGGAAACGGUGAUGGGCUCUGAAAAGAAAGCAAAGAGGCAUCUGGAGAGGGAAGGUUUAGAUGCUGAGCGCAGGGGGAAAGACAAGAAGCACUCUCACAAAAGACAGAAGAUGAAUAAAAAGAACCCUCAGCGCAGAUCGGCCUCGACCUCGUCUUCCCCGCGCUCUGAUUUCUCCCAGUCUGAUGACUCUGAUGAGGAAAUGGCUGUGUGUCCAGCAGAGAGGUGUCAGCUGCCGGAGGGGGAUGAGGUGAACUGGGUCCAGUGCGAUGGCAGCUGCAACCAGUGGUUCCACCAAGUGUGUGUUGGUGUUACAGCGGAGAUGGCCGAGAAGGAGGACUACAUUUGCGUCACAUGUACACUGAAUGACGGACACAUGAGAAAAUGAAGAGAGAGCAGAAGUUUAGCUGAAGUUUGCGUGUCCUCAGUCCUUUAUUGGAGCCUCCAGUCUGGAUGUGUCACUGAUCCCGAUCCCCUCCUCACCCCCCCCAGUCCCGUCUGUCCAACCCUUUUGUAACAACGGUGCUAUCUCCUCUUUGACUUGUUGUCCAGAACUAUAAUGUUUAGUUAUUUUUUUGUAUUUUUACAUAUAUAUAUUAUAUAUAUUUCUUUCUUCUUAUGAAUUGUUUGUGGUUGUCUAAAUGGAAAAAAAAACAACAAAAAAAAAACACAGGACGUGAAGUGUGCUGCAUGGGAUCCCAUUACAUCGGCGCAAAAGAGUCUUACACAGUGAGACUCCCGGUAAAGAGAGUUAAUCAAGGGUUAAUAUUAUCUUCUUUGGAACCUCCUUGCAUGUUAAACCAGAGCUAAGGGGACAGAAGUCGAGGUUUUCACCCCCUAAACACCCCCAAAAAAUGACUAUUACAGUUUUUUUUUUUCUUUGAAAUCCAGUGUUUAGUACAUGCAUCUUAAUAUAAUUAUUCCCUUUUUUGUAGAAUAGUUUUAUUUAUCUGAGCAAUAAUUUUUGUCUGAAUUGACUUAAAUGGCUUGAUCUCCGCUGAGUUGUGUUUUAGCGAUGGUGGUGUGAUGUACAGAGAGCUACCAGGUGGGAAGGUCAGAGCGGUGGAGACGCGCCGUAGCAGGCUGAAGGAAAAAGACGCUGCUGACGUGUAGAUCAACGACAUGUAACCCGGCAUAGGAUACAGCUGGAAGGACUCGGGGUAGCUGAAGAUGUUACAAGUUUAUAUUGUGGAAUAAAGCCCUUUUGUUCUAUG